AAACGUUUAGUAGUCAAUAGUUUUUUCAGAAGAGCCAAAUCGAUGUACGAUGUGAAGUUAGCUGUCGUUUCCUUGCUUCUUGUCCAUAAUCAGCUUUUUCAAGACACGUAAUAAGCCAGGUUUUAGGCAUUUCUAUAAUUACAUAAUAGUCGUAAGUCAGCAAUUGUUGUCAUAAAUUAUUUUUACGAGCAACCAGACUAUACUUUCCAAUGAUUCUUUAGUGGGUAAACAGGAACACAGUCAUAAUAUUGUAAGUUUAUAUCGGAACAUAGGCAUGGACGCCUAUAUGACGUCAGCUUUCAUGGCUUUUCAAAAUGACUCAAUAGAAAUCUAUAAACAAUACAUUGUUGUCACCCUAUGGCAAACUCGUGCAUGCAACAUUACUUGUAUAGCAGUGCGGUGAUUGGUUGAAACGGUCAGACACAUUUUAACCAAUCAGAGUAUGCAGACAGUUGCACCACGGUCUAUGCGUGGGUUUACACCAGUAGUACAUCAUGAUUGUGACUAGAAUGGACAAUACGCAUAGCAUGUGGUUUUUCUCGUUUUUCUUGCAAACGAUGGACUAUCAAACUCUACUACCAGAAAAAGAAACCAUUAGGCUGCGCACGCAUUGUUGUUACCCGGCGCGUCAAACGAAUUUAAGCCAUCAACAAGUGCAACAAUGAUGGAGUGGUUUCGUGAAAAAUUUAUACUUCUAGAAUCACUUACUGAUGCUGAGGCAAAAAAGGAUAACCUUGCAGAAAUUAAAAUAAAAUUGACAAGUUUUACGUCUGAGGAAUUAAAACAGGUCGCUACUGAUCUUGAUUUAAGUCUAAUUUUCUCCGAGUUAACCUCAAAUGACAAAGAAAUCAUGAUGCAAGCUUGCGACGUACUCGACACAUUAUUUGAUGCAACGGAGCCUGGUAGGAUUCACCGACGAUAUUCAGAUGAAAUGAAGUCAUCCAUGUCUCUACAACAAUCUACAGUGAAAAUACUCAUACUGCGUGAAUUAUUACGAAUUGCCAGCAAACCUGAGAACAUACACAGUUUAAUUUCUGAUACAGAUUUGCUAAUGGUUAUUGUUGACAAAGUUGCAGAUGAGGAUAUCGCAGUGGCUAAAUUAGCAAUGGAUGUGUUGAAAGAGAUUGGUUCUAGUAAUGAGGGCUUAAAAGUUUUCUAUGCUGGUCCAAUAAUGAGAAUGUUUGCAAGAAUGCUUUCUAAGAAUGACACAAUUAGCUUCCGAAUAUAUGAAACUGUGGUAAAUAUAUCAAAAUCUUCAAAGGAAGGUCUUGAGGCAUCAAUAAAUUCUGGGUUUUUAAGCAGUCUGAUAACUGUUUUGGAAAAUGAUGACAUUCUUCUGCAAUUAAAUGCACUGGAAAUAAUGACAGAUUUGGCCCUGACACCAGAGGGACUUGAUUUUCUAGAACAUCAAGAUAUUCUCUGCAAGCUUUCUGAGAAAAUUGAACGUGCCAACGAGAAUCCGCUAUCCACAAUUUUGAUUCCAGGAUUAAUGAAAUUUUUUGGUAACGUUGCUUGUGUCAGACCCAAUGAAAUUUUCUCAAAUUAUCCAACAGUUGUUUCCGCUCUCUUUGAAGUUCUGGAAAGUGAUGAUCCUACAAUAUUAUCUGGUGCUCUGGAUACAUUAGGUCAUGUUGCGUCUACUGUAGAAGGAAAGUAUGCACUACAAACUUUGGGAGAACCAAUAUUCAAUGCUUUGAAGAGAGUUGCUGAAGUAAUUCAGCGAAUGCCGACCGAGAUACGAAUUCGUGGUUUAAAUAAUCUUGCCCUAAUUUUACAAGUAAAGAGGGAAGAACAGGACAACAGGAUAUUAUCUUUAACAAAAUCAUGGUUCGAUUCACUAAAAGACAAUCCUCUGGAUAUGAUCGUGAGUCUCUGCAAACAACCUUUUGCUGAUAUUCGACAAGCAAGUUUGGAAGUGUUAGCUGUUAUUGCGUCGCAAGCUUGGGGACAAGAAUAUAUUGCGGUCCAACCAGGUCUCAUAGAAUUUCUGCUGGAUAGAAAUGUAGAAGCAUUUAAGGAGUGUAAGGAAGCAAAAUAUGAAGUCGUCAAAACCUUAUCACAAUCAGUAGCAGAUAUUUUUGAUGCACACACUAUUCAAAGAAUGAAACAGUUCAUUAAAGAGGGUCCCUUGUACAGGGACACAAAUACCGAAGUAGCAACUGAGGGUGCUUCAUAAGGCUUACGAUCGCUUUAUCAAGAGAUGCAUUUGAUUUUUAAUUCUAACACACUCGUGAUAUCGUUUUAUUAUAUACUAUAUCAUAUAAGCAUAUUGUAUAAUAAUUAUAUUGUGUGAGAUAAUGCAAUAAUAAUAACUUUAAUAAGGAAUGUAAACGUUCAAAUUUAUUUUAAUUUUUAUGAUUCAUCUUAAAACGUUUAUUACGUAACCAUUCUGUCAUUAGUACGCAUUUCUAAUGUAUGCAUACUUCUAACUUGAAAUAACUGUACACGUAUGACAUCAUUGAAAUAAAUGCAGUGUUUAAUA